AUGCCGCUACAGAGUGAAAUACGCCAUCUUGUCCUUUCUGAAUCUGAGACUACUUCCUUCAGGGACCUCUGUCGCAAAAAUAAAACUACUAUAACGGCAGCUCUACACACUUUGGUUGCUGGUGCUCUGUUCGUAAACCUCUCUGCGCAUUACACACAGCUCCGAUGUGUUGGCGCGCUUUCAAAUCGGCGAUGGCUGGGAUGCCGGAUCUGCGAUGACUCCAUGGGAGUGUUUGUGCAGGCUUUCCAAGACUCGUAUCGUCGAGAAGGGUUUUUUGACCAGUCCGGAAAUUUCAAGUUUCCAUGGGACGAAGCCGUCAGGUCCAGGAAAACAAUUGAGGACACAAUAAAUAUGGAGGGAAAAAACGCAAUAUCAAAUCUAUUAAAAUAUGUCGGCGAUUACCACAGUGAACUAUUCCUGUCUAAGAUAGGCAAGAAUAGGGCUGAUAGCUACGAAGUCUCGAACUUGGGUGUAUUCGGGUCUAAUCUAGAAGCAACGGUCGGUUCACAGAAGCCACUAGUUGGCAGGAUGGUCUUUUCGCAGAGUGCAAAUGUAACAGGGAGCGCCUUUGAGGUGUCCGCGAUUACUGGUGGUGAUGGAUGUCUAGUGCUGACGUUUUCAUGGCAGAAGGGAGUCGUAGAACUUCAUCUCGUCAGCGACAUUAUGAAGACGAUCGUAGAGCACUUGGGUACGAUAAUAUAA